AUGCUAUCAAAUCCCAGGGAUUAUAUAUUUAUAUAUAAAACAACAACAGCUUCUUGUAAUCAUUAAAUGUCAACUCGAUUCAUGUAACGAGGUUUUAAGAAAAAGAUCAGAAUUAGCAAACAACAGAUCUGAUAGAAAUUGCGGCGUUAUGUCAAGUACUAAACAUUGAUAUCGAAUUGUUUGGUCGGUAUACUGACAUUUCAAGAAAUUACCAUCUACUGAUUGAAUUAUCUGAUAAAGUAGAUACCAAUAGCAACGAGACGGAUCAUCGUUAUACCGUAUAGGUAGCGGUGGAGUAAAACCGGUUACCAAGCCAUCAGCGCCACCAUUCGGGGUUGACAUCACUUGCAUUAAUUUGAAUUAGUUUUAUCUGUUGUUUAUCACCGAUUUUCGAAGAGUGAUUAUACAUCAUAACAAUGGACGGAGCGCAUCAUCCCAUCACGGCUAUGUCACCGCCAGCCUGCCCGGUGAGUACGGGACACGGAAUGGUUCACGACAGCCUUCCCCUCCAUCCAAAUCCUAUUGUGCUCGCCCGCUCUGGGAAAUGCAUCACCGGACACGGAGGUGAAGAUGCGCCUAAAGUAUCCCGUCCGAGUCACACCAUUGAUGCAAUACUUGGAAUGCAGCAGUCUAGAUCGGAUAGGUUCUUUCGACCGUUGUUCACGGGGCCCAACCCCUUUGCUGGUUUAUUGUCUAGCCGUCUUGGCCCCAGUGGAGAACACAUGCUACCCUUAAAUCUAGCCGUAAAAGCGGAACAACAACAUUUGAGUGGAGGAAAAAUUGGGAUCCCUUUUCAUGCUGAUGAAGGAUCAAGCAACAAUCUUAAAGACGGUGAUGAACCUGAGCACCUAGACCUUCAACAUGAUACAGAAAACGAUUCAAUGUCCAAGAGAAAUGCAUCGAUGGAUGAAACAGUCAACGAUCACGCUGAUAUUUCAAAAUGUACACCAGUUGGGGUUCACGAUUCGGACGUCGAGGACUUAUCGUCCCGCAGAUCCAUGUCUCCACUAACCUAUCUGCCCGGAAGAAAACAAGCCCUUGGUUGCAGUUCAACAUCGGGUUGCAACAGCGAUGGCAACGUCGUCAGCCCUCGACAUUCGGGAAAGCGAUCUCGAUCACCGAAUCAAUCAUCGCUAUCGAUGAUGGAAGAUGACAUGGACGAGAUGGAGGCUGAUGAAAACGGUGAACCUAAGAAGAAGCAUCGUCGCAAUCGAACCACUUUCACCACCUACCAACUUCAUGAACUGGAGAGGGCGUUUGAGAAAUCUCAUUACCCGGAUGUUUACAGCAGGGAGGAACUGGCACUUAAGGUCAAUCUGCCAGAGGUCAGAGUUCAAGUUUGGUUUCAGAACAGACGAGCGAAAUGGCGUCGUCAGGAAAAGAUGGAAGCUAGUACUCUCAAAUUGAAAGACUCUUCCCUACCAAGCAUCAGUCGGUGUGUACCAUCUUCAAUGGCAAGCUCUUUACCUCUGGAUCCAUGGCUUAACCCUUUAUCUACCGCUCGACAAUUACCAGCCCUCUCCUUGCCUGGUAUUCUUCAUCCAUCGCUGUCUGCUAGUGUCGCUGCCGCUGCAGCGAUGGCGGCUGCCGGUGGAUCUCUUCCCCCGGGACUGACCCAUCUUAGUGCCGCAUUACCCUUCUUAGCAGCCCAUCAGCAACACCAGCAGCAGCAGCGCCAGCAAGCAGCGGUGGCCGCUGUCGCUGCAGCCGCCAACCAAUCGGCGACUGCUGCGUCUGCAUUUCCGUUGCUCAGUCCCACUCGUCUGACAUCGCCUCUCGGCCGUUCUGGUAGUCAGGAGCGCCUGAACAGCCAGGAAAGUGCAAGCGGUGAGAGUUGUAGCGGGAGUGAUCUGGGUGGAUCAUUAGGGGAAGACCAACAGAGCUCCAGUAUUGUAACGCUACGCAAAAAGGCGAUGGCACACCUGGAAAAUAUCGUCAGAAACAGUGGGGGCGAAAGCCCCCCUCUCCUUUCUGAAUCACGCUGAAUUUCUUUUAUGUGUUUGAAAAGCCCAUGUUGGUGUACAGGUUAUACAUAACAAAUAUUCUUAACAGAUAAAAGGCCUUUCCUUUAUAUCUUAAAAAAACAUUUCUUUCUUGCCUGAAGAUAAGAGUAUAAGAUUACUGUAUAUAUUUCGAAGUAUUUUCAUUAUUACAAAAGCUUUUUUCAAAGUAACAAGGCGCGCGUGUUUAUCGCUCACAUCAUUCUGAAACAUACAUAGGCUAAUCACAGUACAAUAUUUAUUAAUUGUUAUUUUUGUUAAUAUUUCUACCAUAUAACUAAUGUUUUUUGCAAAUUUGUAUGAUCUAUUAUCACUUGGAUUUUUGUACUUUUUAAUGUUUCACGCAUUACGUUCUUUGCCUUGAUUAAUUCACUUUCUUGCCUUUAAACAACAACAAAAUGUUAUUUCAAAGCAAAUAACAUUUCACUACGCAGGCAUAUAUAGCUAUUCUUUGUUAUUAUGGUUAAUGUUAAACCAUGCACAUCUUCUUUUAAAGGGGGACAGUAAUUGCCUCUUAGCGGGUAACAUGCAAUAUAAAUUAGAUGCAUUGAUUUAAAAAAAAAAUCGUUGGAAACGAUACACCGUGAUCGUAUUUCAUGCACUCAUGAGUGGAUGUGUGUGUGCGAGGCAGCGAGGGUGCACUUGAGUUUUUUUCAGACGUGUAUCAAUCAGCUCGUGAUUUGUGGUCUGGAACUGACCUUUAACGUCACAGACGUGAUCAGGACUCGAACCUCGAAACUCUUCAUCAGCUCGUAACUUCCCCAUGUAGUUGCAGGCAUAGGCCACAACGCCCAGUUAAAUGAGAAACCCACAGAAAAUGAAAGAUGAAACAAAGUAUUCUAUUUCAGUUACCUUGUUUGGUGUUGAGAUAGGCCUCGGUUUUUCAUGGACACUCUUAUUGCUUUCUAGAUAAUCAAAUGGAGAGUACAAAUAGUAUAGGAAUGGAGCCAUUUAUGAAUAAGAUUUCUGUCGAUUCAUUCAUCUUCAUAAUUGUCAUCAAAACGUCAAUGAUGACGUGAUGACGAUUCUAAAAGAAUAAUUUUGAAUUCAACAACUUUUCAACAUCGAUCAAUGUAAAACAAGAAAAAGAACAAGCUACAGUAGCAUGAUAUACUUUUUUUUCUAAUCUGAUGCUUUUCUCGUGUCUCAUUUCUAUUUAUUAUUGUUAUUAUUGUUAUCAUUAUUAUUGUUAUUAUUAUUAUCAUCAUUAUUAUCAUCA